AUGCGCAAUGACGCUGACGGGAAGCGUCAGGCCAUUCACAGCCUCAGGCUUCAGGCACUCCCGGAAUGCCCCGCCAGGCUCGAUCAGCUUCAUCAAUCGCGCGGUCUUCGGUGUGCAAUUCCGGCCUCUUCUCCGUGUUCUACUCGGGAACAUGCUUGGUGUCUCGUCGCUACAGCACCCAUUAUCGGUCCAUCCUUCUUGAUGAGGUCAAUUGCACUUCUCUCUCCCACCAUCCGCUUCCCUAUACUGUUCAAAGCUCGCCCAGUCCCCCGGUUGACUCCGAACCAACUUAUUUCCUCGACGGAACACAUUAAGAGCAUCCCUCCAAAAACUUCGUUCGAAACUUCCAGCAGACGGAUAUACUCAAACAUGGCCGCUGUCGAGGCUUCAAAGCGCGCAGCUGCAACCGCCGCAGUCCAGAACCAUUACCCGACCAACGCGAAAUGGGUGGGCAUUGGAAGUGGCACGACUAUUGUCUACGUUGUCGAAGCUAUAAAAAACUCAGGCACCGACACGACGCUGACCAAGUUCGUUCCUACCGGCUAUCAAUCAAAACAACUCGUCACUAGUGCCGGAUUGACGGCCGUUGAGUUUGAUGCCAUCCCGGAAGGAGUUGUCCUUGAUAUUGCGUUCGACGGAGCCGAUGAAAUAGAUGAUGACUUGAACUGCAUCAAGGGUGGCGGAGCGUGUCUCUUCCAGGAGAAGAUUGUCGCGCUUCAGGCAAAGGAGUUUAUCUGCGUUGCUGACUCGAGAAAGCUCCAAAGUCGCCUUCUUACAAACUGGGCAUAUAUCCCUAUUGAAGUUGCCCCGAUUGCCGCUCUUCGUGUUCUUCGCAAGCUUCGAGAAUUGGGCAGCGAGGGCCCAACAGUGCGCCUCAACGUCCUUGGCAAGGAGGGUCCCCUCAAGACAGACCAGGGAUUUUUCAUCGUCGACGCUCCUUUUCCUCCGCUGCUAACCACGACAGACAUUCAAGCUGGGAAAGACGGUAGCGGCAAGAAUGGAGUUUGGGAAGUCGCAACUCUAGCCCAGAAAAUCAAGGCAAUCCCUGGUGUCUUGGAAGUUGGUAUUUUCUACGGACUCACAGGCCCUCAAGCCCAAGCUGUAGGAGCUGUUGGUGGACAGAAGCCUGUUGCUGCGUAUUUUGGUAUGCCAGACGGCUCCGUCACGGUGCGAAAGGCGACGCCUUGA